AUCUUGUUUUUAGAAAGUUUAAUCCACGAGGACGUUAAUUAAGUUUUAGUUUAUAUAAUUAAAUGCAUUUGUUAAGUGUAGUGAAAGGCUUACAGAUUGUAUUGUUUUGUUUGUGAUUUCCGAUAAUUUAGCGAUCCAUUGUCAUACAAAAAAUAUUUUUAAUUAUAAAAUAUACUUUACGUCCAUGUUACAAGUGAAUAAGAUAUAAUUACGGUGAAUAUUUAUGCUACUUUUGAGCUUAACGAAGACCAACGACAUUCAAGGAUUGUAAUUACAAAGUGCAUAAGUUUUAAUACAAAUGGGAGUUAAAUAAAAAAAUUAACCGGUGCACAGGAUUAGCGCCAUAAUAAUUGAUUCAUUAUUUGAGUAUAUAGUAAUAGUUGCGUUGACUAUCAUGACAGACACUAGACGAAGAGUCAAGCUUUACGCUCUGAACGCUGACCGACAGUGGGACGAUAGAGGAACGGGGCAUGUUUCCUCAUGUUAUGUGGAACGAUUGAAAGGAACCUCUUUACUGGUAAGGGCAGAGUCAGAUGGCACACUUCUGCUAGAGAGCAAAAUACAGCCUGACACAGCUUAUCAGAAACAGCAAGAUACUUUGAUAGUAUGGUCAGAAGGAGAUAAUUUUGACUUAGCAUUAAGUUUUCAAGAAAAAGCUGGCUGCGAUGAAAUAUGGGAGAAAAUAUGUCAGGUACAAGGUAAAGAUCCUUCAGUUGAAAUAACACAAGACAUAGUAGAAGAGUCAGAAGAUGAACGUUUUGAUGAAAUGUCAGAUAGUGUACAGCCAGUAGAGCUACCAGCAUGUGAAAUGGGUCGACUGGAAGACAUAAGUGAAUUAGUGAACAGUUGUCUAGUGUCACCUGCAAGAAAAGAUAAAUUAGCUGCGGCUUUGGAGACACAGCACUACAUUAAGAAACUUCUUAACCUCUUUCAUAUGUGUGAAGAUAUUGAAAACAUUGAGGGAUUGCAUCAUCUCUAUGAGAUAUUCAAAAGUAUAUUUCUUCUUAAUAAAAACACACUUUUUGACACAAUGUUUGCAGACGACACUAUAUUUGAUGUAGUUGGCUGUUUAGAAUAUGAUCCCAGUUUACCCCAACCUAAGAAACACAGGGAAUACCUUAGAGAGCUAGCUAAAUUCCGAGAGGCCAUUCCUAUUAAGAAUAAGGAUUUAUUGGCAAAAAUACAUCAAACUUACAGAGUACAGUACAUUCAAGAUAUAGUUUUGCCCACACCAACCGUCUUUGAAGACAAUCUGCUAAGCACAUUGUCCAGUUUUAUAUUUUUUAAUAAGGUAGAAAUAGUAAAACUUAUAGAGGAUGAUGAUAAAUUUCUAACAGACUUAUUUAAAUUGCUGAUGGAUGAUAAGACACCUGAUGUCAAAAGACGAGACUUAGUUCUAUUUUUAAAAGAGUUUUGUAAUUUUUCACAAAACUUGCAACCUCAAGAUAAAGAUGCUUUUUAUAAGACAUUAGUUUCAUUGGGAAUCCUGCCAGCUUUAGAAAUUACUCUAAGCAUAGAUGAUCAGAAGACCAAGACUGCAUCCAUAGAUAUUUUAACUUAUAUUGUUGAAUUUUCACCCUCAGUUGUGAGGGAUUAUACAUUACAGCAGGCUAACAACACUGAAGAGGAACAAAUGUUGUUAAACAUUGUGAUAGAACAGAUGCUUAGGGAUCAAGAUCCUGAACUUGGUGGUGCAGUACAGUUAAUGGGUGUCCUACGUAUCCUACUUGAUCCAGAGAGUAUGCUGGCUUCCGUCAACAAGAGUGAAAAGGCAGACUUCCUAAAUUUCUUUUAUAAACAUAGUAUACAAACACUCAUAGCUCCGUUACUUGAAAACACAACUGGAGAGAAGCCUUUAAAAGAGGAUUAUCACACAGUGCAACUAUUGGGUUUGGUACUUGAACUACUUUCUUUCUGCUGUGAACAUCACACAUACCAUAUCAAAACAUGCAUAUUAAAUAAGGACCUCCUUCGUCGCAUAUUGGUGCUUAUGAGAUCAACACACACAUUCUUAGUGCUUGGUGCACUAAGGUUUAUGAGGAAAAUCAUCGCUUUAAAAGAUGAAUACUACAAUCGGUACAUAAUCAAAGGGAAUCUCAUUGCACCAGUUAUAGAUGCUUUCCUUAGGAAUAAUGGCAGAUAUAAUUUAUUAGAUUCUGCUAUAUUAGAGUUGUUUGAGUUCAUCAAAUUGGAAGAUAUAAAAUCACUCUGUUCGCAUGUUGUUGAAAACUAUGGAAAGAUCUUAGAGGAUGUUGAAUAUGUACAAACAUUUAAAGCUUUAAAAACACGGUAUGAUCAGCAUCAGGAUAAAUUAAAGGAAAGGGAUAGAGUGAGCGGUAGCGUGGCGGUAGCGGAGGCGGUGGUGCCGUCGCUGCUGCGCUCGCGGUACCGUCGCGAGGCGCGCCAGCCCGACGACGAGGAGGAGAUGUGGUUCAACGACGACGACGAGCUGGAGGACGACGCGCCGCUCGACAGCGCGCAGACGCACCCGCACGCGCACGCGCACCACGCGCUCGAUGCCAUCGGUAAAAUUGUCGAAAAGAAAGUAUGUUCGAGUACUGAAAGUGCGAAUGGUCCAAGCAGAGUGCUGUUGAGCACAACAACCACCAGCAAGCCGGCACACACCGACGUUCAGGUAUCCACGCCCAGAUUACUCAAUAAGGGCCUGGUGGACUACGACGGCGACUCGGACGAGGAGGAGGAGGGCGGCAGCAGCAGCGCGGCGGCGGACGAGCGCGACGCCAAGCGGCCGCGCCUGGCGUAGUGUCCGUUGCGCCGCGGCCUCCUGUUUCAAGGAAUAUAACUCCCGUCUCGCUCAGCUGUGCAAGGAACGCUGUAAGAAUACGUUCACUAUCUAGGAGCAGAUGCGACUUGUAACUCUACGAUUAGUCGAAACCGCUAGGCGGAGAAGUACUUCUAGCUGUGUUAUGUCCACUUCAUGUAAAUACGAGUGACGCUCCAGUUUCACUUCACUAGUUAGAGUAUGAAGUUUUUCAUACGGCGUAGUGUAAUCGUAAUUCCUUCGGACGGUAUUGAAAAUUUAGAACAAAUAUCGGUUAUAAAAUGUAUAAUUAUAUAUGUGAAAUAAUUUUAACGGCUAGGUUACGUUUCUGAUGGAUUGUUAAUUAACAAAAGUACAAAGGAUAUAUUAGGAGUGGGAUUUAAAUUUUUAUAAUGAAAGUACUAAAGUCGAUCACCGAAAUUGGUAUGUGUAUAUGUAUUUUGUAGAGACCUACUUAGUUUGUCACAAUGACCAUGAGACCAAUGUUUUUAAGGAGUCUGUAAUAAUAAAUGUGGAAUUGCUACACAGUAGUGGUUUCUUUAAUUUAAUGAUUAUUAUUUAUCUAUCAAACAAUCUAUAAUUGUCUAGCCAUUGUUAAUUUUGCACAAUAAUUUAAUUGCAUUCCUUUGUCUUUCAUUGAGUUUCCCAGAGAUUUAUAUUUUAUUUGACAUUAAGUUGUGAAUCAUUUUUUGAACUUAACAUAAAAUAGACUUACAAAACGAACUCGACACAAUUUAAUUGAAAACCACACAAUAUGUGAUAUUUUUUUUGUUAAUUUAUUAGUGAACUAUUAAGUUACAUAAUUUUUUAAUUGUGAAGUAAUUUUACAUUAAUUUAAAUUCAUAAUUUAAUUUAUUUUUUAAUUUAUAAAUAUUCUCAUUGCAUGCCAUAAAACAAUAAUACUAAAAUGAUUUUGAUUUCCGAUGUCAUUAAUUUAUUAUUUUGUUGUGUACAAUGUAAUUAUUUAAUUUAUAUCAUAAUAUUUAUCUCUUGGAAACUCGUCUGUGUUAAAAUAACCUUAAUUCAUCAGUUGCACGGUUAUUUGGAUCUCUAGAAAUUAGUUAUUAUAUGAAACAAUGUAAUGAUAAAAUAAAUUGAAAAUGAAAUUAUAUUUAUAGAAAAUAUAUCACACACGUUAAUAUUAAAUAAAAAUAUACGCGAGUUAAACCUUUAAAGCCUAAUUUUAUUUCAAUUUAUUUAUUUAUUAUAUUGUAUUUAAUUUAUGAAUUUACAUCCUCACAGUCUAACUGAUAAUCGUUAAAAACUAACUAGGAUGGACAGUCUUCAAAGAAUAAGACAACCCUUUGUAUAACAAUACAAUCUUUAUCAAUAAGAAGGUUGUUUAUAUAUUAGACAAAUAUACUUUCUAUAUUCAUAAAAGAUAUUUCAUUAAUGACAUAAUUAGCUGCUUUAAGGCAAAGAUAAACGAAUAUUAUUUAUAUUCGUAUAUUAUUAAAAGCAAUCUAUAUUCCUCGGUCUGUUUUUUGUUACAUAAACAGUUUUAUAUUUCGGUUCCGUGUACUUGUCGAGGUAAAAUCGCACUUAUUGAUCUACUAUUCUUUUUAUUUAUAGAAAACAUGUUAUAUAAACAUAACUCAUAUGUGUUUAAAAUAUAUAAUUAUUUUAAAUUAACACGAAGUAUUAGGGUAAACUAACUCGCAUACAGGUAUAAUAAUUCGUAGGUAAUACUGUAUAUGACUGAAUAUUAUAAUACAGAAGUUUUUCUAAAUUUUGUUUUAAUUUAAUUAAAUAUCUCGUGAUCCAAAUAAUAAUGCAACAUUCGAAUGUUUUAUCAAGAGUAUCAACCAUCUCAAUCCAUACGUACAAAUUAUAAACGAAAACGAAACAAUUUUAACUAAAGCGUUUUAAAACACAGAAAUCUAUAAGAUAAUCUAUAAAAUUUUCGUUAAUUUUCUUCCAAAGAUUAAUGUUAAAUUGUCAUCAAUUUGUUUACAUUUUGUAUUCUGUAGCGUGGUGCUAAAAGGGUUCAAGUACAUUUUGGAAUCCAUUAAAAAAAAUAAUAAGUUAUGUGUCGUGGUUAGACCCCUUUGGAACGAAGUUGCUUUCGCUAUAUAUUCUGUAUUAAACAACAGACACAAGGAAAUCAAUUGAUAUAUUAAUCGAAUGAAAAGAAGUAAAAUUGUUAUUAAAAAUAAGUUUUAGUAAUCUUAUAUAAAAGCGUUUACAAUAAGAAUGAGAAUGAGAGGGACAGGUCUGAAGUUCAGGGAAGGAAAGGGAAAUAAUGCUUCCUUACUUAGGUAGCCAGCUCACUCUAGAGUAAGCCGCAGAAGAACUUCGUUCCAAAAAUAUAAAUUUAUCCGUGCUAAAACAGUGUUAUCAGAUUAUCAACACUAUUACGCAAAAAGGCGUAUGUUAUAUAAAACAAUCAACAUCUGUCCAUUGUUUCUAUUCUAAAACCAAUAGUAAGGUUCUUUAUUUACCUGUUUAGCAUCAGGCCACGGUAUUAUUUGAUUUGAAUGGUGUAUGAAAUAUUGUUUCGAUUGAAAAUGUGUGGUGAUCGACAUCGACACUGCGGAAUAAUGUCAAACAUUAUUUCUGUUUAGAUACUUAAAUGAUGUUGAUACAACUUUAUGCCUUGUUAAAUGUACAUUGUUAUAUUUUUACAUUGAAGACAUGAUUUUUACGAAAAUCUCGUAGUUUUCGAUGUCGAUAAACACGUAUUUCUUUGUUAAUAGUUCUUCCAAUACUAUCAGUAAAAGUUCUCCGUCUUUCUUUUAAACGAUUCUACGCGUUUUCUUUUUUUUUUUAUAUUUUUAAAUAAUUUGUAUGUGAUAAAAGAUAUCUGAUUAAGAACAGUUUUAUUUUAUUACAAUUAAAAUAUAGUUUAAUCAUUACUAUGUAAAUAAUACUAGAUUUUAUAUUGUAUUCGUAUCGACGGUCGUUUACAUCGUUUUGCUAUUGUGUUAUCAUAAUACUAAACCCGCGUUGUUGUAAAUGUAGUGUCCAAAAUGUUACACCCGAUUCAUAUACGUGAAACAUUUUUGCACAUGGUAACAUUUUCAACCUAUCGUAAAUCAGUGUUUUAAAAGUCGUUACUGGAUAUGUCAUGCAAAUGUUGCGAAACAAUCACUAUCUUUCGUAUUCUUUUUAUUACUUGCAUCUUGAUACAUUUUAUUUUUCAAUAGAAUUUAAUUUUUAAUGUAAACAACAAAUAUUUAGCCUCAUUUAGAGAUAUUUUACUAUUUACUACUAUUACUGAGAUGAGAACAAAAUUUCAAGGUCAAGUUCUAGUGUGACAUUUUACAAUUUUUUUUGUCGCGUGUACUAAAUUCUAUUGAAAUAAAAUAUAUCAAUGGUGGCUGGUUCGGUUCGUUCGUUUGUAGAUGUAUUAAACAAACACGUUAAUUUAAAUACUUUUCUCAAUAGUUUUUGUUUUUCGCUUUUUUAGAUUGCCUAUUUCAUUUCUUCAGUUCAUUGGAUUCUUGAAUCAUAUAUUAAUGGAAAUAAGGUGAAUAUUUGUAACAGGGCUGUAUAGAUAGCUACAGAAAUACGAAGUCUAGGAGACUGAUCAUAUUUAAAGUACUAAGCAGUGUUUGAAUAAUCGUGCAGCGAGCGUAAAAAGUUUUAUCUAUAAAUGAAUAUUAAUAUGGGCAGACUCCUAAGAAUGGUUUCUGUAGCACCCUAGAUUAAGUUCUUACAGUCUUGUCUCAAAUUGUCACCGUCUUCGUUAUUUUUCCUCUCUUUUAUAUCUGACAUUAUAGCAUUGUAUGAAUAAUAAUGGUCGUCAUCUUUAUUAAUAUAUUAAACUGAUCCCAAAAUCGAAAUUCGUCUCAAUACAUAAUCGCAUGUAACGUUACUAAAAAUAUACUAAUUGAUAACCUAAAACCUCAUGUGUAAAUAUCGCAAUUCCACCAUUUUUUAAUUGAGUUUUUCGUUCAUAUAUUUUUUGGCAUAGUGCUCUGAAUAAUUUAUAAGUUUAAUUUUCCUCCAUUUGUAGAAGAUACUCACGAAGUUUAGGUCACUUUGAUUUAUAUAGAUUUGGGCAAAUACUUUUACAUUAUAGAUAUUUUUAGCAACGUUUUAUGCGAAAUGUUUGACAAUUUAUUGAUUAUCUCACAUGGUGACAUUGAUGUUGAAUUCGCGAUGCGGAGUCGUAGGGCACAAUAAUGUUAUUUUAUGCAAUUUGCAAAUAUCUUAUGUGUCGUUGCAUGAUUGUAAAAAUAUAUUUGAUUAAAAUUAACGAAUGCAUGUUUAGAAAUCAUAAUUUAUUUGGUGUGUAAUUUUUUUUGUAUUAUACGUGAUAUUUUGUGUGAUUAUUUAUCGGCUAUUCUACGACAGAUCUAACUAAUAAAAUCUGUAAUAUAAAUUUUUUUAGGAUGCAUGUGUGUCUGCCCUAGAAAUACAUAUCAAUUUUAUAUAUUUGACGAAGUAAUAUUGAUCUCUGUAUUCAUUCGUAAUGGUUUACCAAUCUAUACCAGCAAGUGGGAUGAUGGUCAUGCUUACUGUUCGAACAGAUAUCAUUCAUUAAAUUUUAUACAAGCUAUAAUUCGAAACUUGUUGUAAUUUGGACUUUUAUACGCUUACAAUAAGAUCGUUAAUUGUUAAAAUCAAUGAAUCAUAAUAAACUGUUUAUACGCAAACAAGUCUGGCAUCUGUUCGAAUAUUUAAGUCAAAGAUUAUUUUUGUUUAUUUAAAAGAUUUUUUUUUAUUUUUGUUUCGACAUGUAAAGGCGUUCAUGUUUAUGCACAGUUAUGCGAGACUAAAAUUUAUUACAUGCGUGGAAUGGGUGUGUCAGAAAAAAAAUUGUAAAUAGAUGUUUUAUGUAAUACUUUAUUUUGAUAAUCUGUCAAACAUCCACGUGUCUAAUAGCAUCUAGCUGUCAAUUAGAUUUAUACGAUUCUUAUAUUCCUUGAAAUAAACUUCCCGUAUAAUGAGAAAAUAUAAGAUUUCUAGAUGAAAGUAGUCUGUAACAACUAUUUUUUAUCUGUCUAGGUGGAUGACCAUCAUAAACUAAUUUAUACACAGAAUAAAAUUAAAUAGAUUUACCUAUUGGCAAGUUGUGUAAAAUAAAUAAGCUUAUUAUAAUGCUAUUAUUAUGAUGUCACUAGUUACGUAAGCAAUAUAAAUAUAAGGAAAUACGAUGCGAA